AUGCGAUGGGCUGCCGUCUCUCGCGCCUUGUGCGUCCCAGAGCUCCUAACGUCCAUAUUCGAUUACCUUGAACGACCCAACAUCUGCGCUUGCCUGCUCGUCAACAAGCAGUGGUCUGAAGUCGCCCUCGACCUGCUUUGGCACGAUGUAGAUGAUCCCCUAGCACUGUUCUCGAAUCUUGCCCCGUUGAAAACGGGGCCCGAGCCAGGGUCUUUGGCUUUAGAAUUCUAUCGUACACCAACUCCGUCUGACUGGGCAAGAUUUCAUCGCUAUGCCUCCCGGGUCCGCUCUUUGGCAGUAUGCACCGGGGGGACUGGCUCUCAUCGCCGAGCGACUCUCUCCUCGAAUGCUUGGGAUGACAUCGCGCGAACACGCACUUCCCUCAACAUAUUUCCCUCCUUGAACCGACUAUCUCUCGCUGCCAAGAGGACAGCACACCUACGGGACUUCGUCACGCUCAUGCAGCCCAACAUCAAGCACCUCAACAUGAAACUCCGUAACCCAGCUUUCGAAGAAGAAGACCUGGGGUCUGUCCCAUACGGAUUAUUCUUCCAGAACAUUGGAACGCGAAUGCCGAACUUGCUAUCACUCAACGUUUCCGUGUUCAGUUACUUCCCCCUGUCAAUUAUUGAAGAAGAUUUCAUCGAACUCCUGUCAAAGCUACGUAGGCUCGAAAAGGUCGUUUUACCUAUCUAUUGGGUGAGCUCCCGCGUCGUGUCGGAGCUCUCCCGCCUCCCGUACCUCAAGGUGUUGCAAUUCGAACACUUUCCGGAACAAGGUUACGGGGAUGCCUCCGAUUGCAGCCCAUUCUCCCCUGCGCUGGAAGAAGACGCCUUCGCCUCCCUCGUGGACUUUUCUCUUGCGGUGUCAUUAAGCGACAUCACCAAACUCCUCUCCAACCCAUUCUCCCCACGCGAGGUGACGGAUCUGUACAUCCAAGCUCUCGACAUUGAGGGCCCCGAUCCCUUACAUGAUUUUUUCGCUGCCUUACCCAACGCAAUGCCCUCCCUCGCUCACCUCUACAUGGAACUGCGCCCACGGGAACGGCCCGAAGACGACGUUGUCGAUCUGCUUACGCUGUACACCCCAAACCUGCUCAACAACCGCAUCACCGUCGACACCCUCCGCCCGCUCUUCGCCUGCGCGCGCCUCUGCCACUUCGAACUCACACACGACUUGCCCAUUCGCCUCAGUCUCGACGACGUCGAAGAGCUCGCGAAGGGGUUCGGCAGUCAGUUGACGAGCUGCCUGCUUAACUCGGAGCCGUUUUAUUUGGAGCGCCCGACGCUCACGCUUGCGGCGCUUUUGCCGUUCGCUCGUCACUGCCCCAAGCUCGAGCACCUCCACCUCUACGUCGAUGCGACGAGGUUGGAAGAGCUACCUACCCCGCCACCGCCGUACUCGCUCGACGACGACGAGUCCUGGCCAACAUUCGGCCCAAGCCUCGAUGCCCUCGGCUUCGGGGUAUCUCCCAUCGUCGACUCGCACGCUGUUGCUCGCUUCCUCUCCACGCUCGUCACGCCGCCACCCACCGCCGCCACCGCCGUCGAUUCCACAGAACGUGGCAGCGGCCCAAAAACAUGCGGGAUUAUGUCCGGCUUCACUUGGGAGUGGCACCACGAGCUGCCCCUUUCGUGUCCGGACGUGAUGGGGCCCGACGAUCUGCGCGACAGAUUGGACGCGUGGAAGAACGUGGACGCCGUGGUGACGCUGUGCUGCGACCUCAGGCGGGAGGAAGGCGUGCGGACGUUCAAGCUCGUGGAGGAGGUGAAGGACCUCAGGGAGCGGGUGGCCGUCGCCGAGGCGCUUCGGUAGGGCCGCGGUGGCUAUUGUGAGUGCGUGUACUUUUAUGUUGUGAAUUUACAUUUGCAUCUAUGCCUAUGUGAUGCCAGGUUUUGCUUGUAGGAUGUCAUGUAUCAUCGCUACCGUAUUACACAUUCGUAAUGAAA